AUGGGUUCAGGGUCGGCGCGGGCCAUGGGGGCGCCAAAGGUGUCCGAGGCAGCGUCCGAGGACGUCCUUCCGUGGGAGGCGGCGGUGGCCGAGUUGCCCGGGCGGCGGCUCACGGCGGAGAUGCGGGGCCUGCACGGCCAGCGGCUGAAGGAGUUGAAGAAGUUGGAGGCCGCCGCCGACGUCACUACGGCGCUCAAGACGGGCCUCGCCUCGCGGAGAGCCUGGCUCGUGUGGCUGAGCAUCCUGUGCCUUUGCCUGGCUCACACCCUGCUUCGCCCGGGGGGCGACAGCGAAGGCGCGCCCAGGCGUCUGGGGGAGCUGGUGACCGAUCUGUUCACGCUGGAGCAGAGGCCCGGCCUUCCUGAGUCCAAUGAAGCGCCGAAAGGGAGCCAGCGCAUGUCGCAGCAGAUACAUGUCUCGGUUAACGUCAGGCUGCUCGACGGCGCCUUCAUCCGCAAGAAAGCUGAAUCGGUGCAAACCGCGCGGACGGUCGGCGUGUGCGAGGUGUACAGCGUCAUCGCAUUCAUCCGCGAGGUCGCGCAUUUCGCCAUUGACGAGUGGCGAGAGGCCGAGUUUGGUGGCAUCGACUCCAGAGGUCUCGUCGACCCAAGCAGCGUUGUGCAGGAUCCUUGCGCUGCAGCUGCACGCCGACGUCGACAUACAGUCGGUCAUGGUCGUGACCGUCUGAAUGGCUGCGGCGAGUCGUCGUUCAAGCUGCUGGAGGCGUUGUACCCGAUCUCGGCGACGGCAUUGACGUCAUCGGCGCUGGAGUGCAAGGACUACGAGACUCAGUGCAGGGUCGCUUCCGUGAUCGCCGACAGCGAGGUCCUGCUCGUGGAUGAGUGGUCCGUCAGCAGAGAGUAG